AAAAAACAAAAAUCUCCUCCCCCCCUCUCUCUGUGUUGUGUUUUUUAAGCGAAGUUAAAAAGCCUUUUGCACCCUCAUUCACCGUUUUUCUUCCCCCGCUUCCCUCUCGCCCUCACACGAAAAAACCAAAAAUACAAAAAACCACCGAACACAAACACUCACACUCUCUCUCACUUCUUUCUCUCUCAAGAAUUCGGCGGAGAUCGAUAGGGUCGGGACGCGCGGAUUGUAGAUUGCAAAAUGUCGGAGGAAGAGAAGUUGCUGAAGGAGGCGAAGAAACUGCCAUGGGAGGAUCGCCUCUUCCACAAGAAUUGGAAGGUGCGCAACGAGGCGAACAUCGAUUUGGCUUCGCUCUGCGACUCCAUCACCGAUCCCAAGGACUCUCGCAUCCGCGAAUUCGGUCAUUUUUUCAGGAAGACGGUGACGGAUUCGAAUGCGCCGGUGCAAGAGAAGGCGCUCGAUGCAUUGAUUGCGUACUUGCGAGCUGCCGAUGCCGACGCCGCGAGGUACGGGAAAGAGGUUUGUGAUGCAGUUGUGGCGAAAUGUCUGACAGGGAGGCCGAAGACGGUGGAGAAGGCUCAGGCAGUGUUUUUGCUAUGGAUUGAAUUAGAGGCCGUGGAUGCGUUUCUGGAUGCAAUGGAGAAAGCGAUAAAAAACAAAGUUGCUAAAGCGGUGGUACCUGCAAUAGAUGUUAUGUUUCAAGCUUUAAGUGAUUUUGGUGCAAAAAUUGUGCCCCCAAAAAGAAUUUUGAAGAUGCUUCCAGAACUCUUUGAUCAUCAAGAUCAAAAUGUUCGUGCAUCCUCUAAAGGGUUGACUCUUGAACUUUGCCGUUGGAUUGGUAAAGAUAGUGUAAAAUCAAUUUUGUUUGAGAAAAUGAGAGACACAAUGAAAAAAGAGCUAGAGGCAGAGCUUGUAAAUGUUACAGGAACAGCAAAGCCAACCCGUAAAAUAAGAUCUGAGCAAGAUAAGGAACCUGAACAGGAAGCUGUGUCAGAGGUUGUGGGUCCUGGCCCUUCUGAAGAAUCUGGGAAUGAUGCUCCUCAAGAAAUCGACGAAUAUGAACUUGUUGAUCCUGUUGAUAUAUUGAUUCCUUUGGAGAAGUCAGGAUUUUGGGAUGGAGUUAAAGCUACCAAAUGGUCUGAACGGAAGGAGGCUGUUGCUGAGCUAACAAAGCUUGCAUCAACUAAAAGAAUUUCUCCUGGUGAUUUCUCUGAAGUUUGUCGGACCUUAAAAAAGCUUAUUACAGAUGUGAAUAUUGCUGUUGCAGUUGAAGCUGUCCAGGCUAUUGGCAAUCUUGCUCGUGGAUUAAGAACUCAUUUUUCUUCGAGUUCUCGUUUUUUAUUGCCUGUUUUACUUGAAAAAUUGAAGGAGAAAAAACCUGCUUUGGCUGAGGCAUUGACGCAGACUCUUCAAGCGAUGCACAAAGCUGGAUGCAUCAGCCUUAUAGAUAUUGUUGAAGAUGUUAAGACAGCCACAAAAAACAAAGUCCCUCUUGUGCGAUCGUUAACGUUGACCUGGGUGACUUUUUGUAUUGAAACAAGUAACAAGGGUGUUAUUAUGAAGGUGCACAAGGAUUAUGUGCCAAUCUGUAUGGAGUGCCUAAAUGACGGUACUCCUGAAGUCAGGGAUGCUGCCUUUUCAGCAUUGGCAGGAAUAGCUAAGUCAGUUGGCAUGAGACCUCUGGAGAGGUCGCUGGAGAAACUUGAUGAUGUUAGAAGAAAGAAGCUUUCGGAAAUGAUUUCAGGUUCUGAAGAUGCUGUGCCUGGGGCUUCUUCUGCAGCUUCUGUGCAAAAUACACGUGUAAGUGCAUCUUCUGCGGAGUCCUCUGAAAGUGCAUUUGUCAAAAGGUCAGCUGCAGGCAUGCUUAGUGGAAAGAGACCUGUUCAGUCAGUUCCUGUUGCUAAGAAAGGGGGGGUUGUAAAGUCGGGGACAAACAAAAAAACAGAUGGAGUUCCACAAGUGAAGGCUUCAAAAUCUGUUGAACCACCUGAGGAUGUUGAGCCUACUGAGAUGAGUCUUGAAGAGAUUGAAAGCCGAAUAGGUUCUCUUAUACAGUCGGAUACUAUCACUCAAUUAAAAAGUGCUGUGUGGAAGGAGCGUCUAGAAGCCAUUUCUUCACUGAAACAGAAAGUAGAAGGCUUACAGGACCUUGACCAAUCAGUAGAAAUUUUGAUUCGUUUAGUCUGCACUUUACCUGGAUGGAGUGAGAAAAAUGUUCAGGUUCAGCAGCAGGUUAUUGAAGUUAUCACUCAUAUAGGUUCAACUGCAACUAAAUUUCCAAAGAAGUGUGUAGUACUUUGCCUUUCAGGACUAAGUGAACGUGUAGCAGAUAUUAAGACACGUGCUCAUGCUAUGAAAUGCCUGAGUACUUUGUCUGAAGCAGUCGGUCCAGGAUUCAUUUUUGAAAGACUUUACAAGAUCAUGAAGGAGCAUAAGAAUCCUAAGGUUCUUAGUGAGGGAAUUUUGUGGAUGGUUUCUGCUGUUGAAGAUUUUGGUGUCUCACAUAUAAAGCUUAAGGAUUUAAUUGAUUUUCUUAAAGAGAUUGGGCUGCAGUCAAGUAAUGCUGCUACUAGAAAUGCAUCAAUUAAGUUCUUGGGUGUUCUGCAUAGAUUUGUUGGUCCAGACAUUAAAGGGUUUCUUACUGAUGUAAAACCUGCACUGCUCAGUGCCCUGGAUACGGAGUAUGAGAAGAAUCCAUUUGAGGGAGCAUCUGCAGUUACCAAGAGAACUGUCAGGGCAUCAGACUCAUCUUCGACUGCCGUUGCUGGGGGACUGGAUAGCUUGCCUCGUGAAGACAUCAGUGGAAAAAUCACACCAACUCUUCUGAAGAGCUUGGAAAGCCCUGAUUGGAAGGUUCGUAUGGAGUCUGUUGAUGCUGUAAACAAAAUAUUGGAAGAGGCUAAUAAGCGCAUUCAAGCAACUGGAACUGGUGAGUUGUUUGGGGCUCUUAGGGGACGACUUGUUGAUAGCAACAAAAACAUUGUCAUGGCUUCCUUGACAACAAUUGGCAAUGUUGCAUCUGCAAUGGGGCAAGCUGUAGAGAAGGCAAGCAAGGGUAUUCUGUCUGAUGUAUUGAAAUGUCUUGGUGACAACAAGAAGCACAUGAGAGAAUGUGUGCUGAAUACAUUAGACGCUUGGCUGGCUGCUGUUCAUCUGGAUAAAAUGGUUUCAUAUAUUGCAAUUGCUUUGAUGGACUCUAAACUUGGCGCUGAAGGGCGUAAAGAUCUUUUUGAUUGGUUAUCAAAGCAACUUUCUGAGUUAAGUAGUUUUGCUGAGGCUGCACAACUGCUGAAGCCUGCCUCUUCUGCAAUGACAGAUAAAUCUUCCGAUGUUCGCAAGGCAUCAGAGGCUUGUAUUAAUGAGAUACUGAGAGUUAGUGGACAUGAAAUGAUUGAAAAGAUGGUUAAAGAUAUUCAUGGACCAGCACUGACACUAGUUCUUGAGAAGUUGAAACCAUAUGGAGCUUUUCAAGAGUCAUUUGAGUCAGGUAGGGCAGUUUCAGUGGGUGCAACAUCAAAAGCAAAGGCCGGGAAAUCAACUGCCAAUGGUGUUUCAAAACAUGGAAAUAGAGCUGUAUCUUCUAGAGUUGUGGCAACAAAGGGCACCAAGUCUGAAUCAAUAUCUGUUCAAGAUAUAGCGGUCCAGUCUCAGGCCUUGUUAAAUAUCAAGGAUUCAAAUAAGGAAGAUCGAGAGAGAAUGGUGGUUCGAAGGUUUAAGUUUGAGGAUCCACGUAUUGAGCAAAUUCAAGAUCUUGAGAAUGAUAUGAUGAAGUAUUUCAGAGAGGAUUUACAUAGGAGACUCUUAAGUGCAGAUUUUAAGAAGCAAGUUGAUGGACUUGAAAUGCUGCAGAAGGCACUUCCAUCCAUUGCUAAGGAAGUUAUAGAAGUUUUGGACAUUCUUCUGAGGUGGUUUGUGUUACAGUUCUGCAAAUCAAACACAACAUGUCUAUUGAAGGUGCUGGAAUUUCUUCCUGAACUUCUUGACACUUUGAAGGAUGAGGGGUACUCUUUGACAGAAUCUGAAGUGGCAGUGUUUCUUCCAUGCUUAGUAGAGAAGUUAGGGCAUAACAUUGAGAAAGUACGAGAGAAAAUGCGGGAGCUCACCAAACAAUUUGUUGCCAUAUAUUCUGCGUCUAAAUGUUUCCCUUAUAUAUUAGAGGGUUUGCGCUCAAAGAAUAACCGAACUCGAAUUGAAUGUGCUGAUCUUGUUGGAUUUAUUAUUGAUCAUCAUGGUGCAGAGAUUAGUGGGCAGCUAAAAUCAUUGCAAAUUGUUGCAAGUUUGACUGCAGAACGGGAUGGUGAAACUAGGAAAGCUGCAUUAAAUGCACUAGCUACUGGUUAUAAAAUUCUAGGUGAGGACAUAUGGAGAUAUGUUGGGAAGCUAACUGAUGCUCAGAAGAGCAUGUUAGAUGAUAGAUUCAAGUGGAAGGUCCGGGAGAUGGAAAAGAAGAAGGAAGGAAAGCCUGGUGAAGCAAGGGCCAAUUUAAGGCGCUCAGUCAGGGAAAAUGGGUCUGAUGUUGCAGAACAAAGUGGAGAAAUGGCUAGAUCUCUUACUGGUCCAAUGUUGAGGAAAAAUUAUGCUCAACCUGAUAGUAACAUUGAUAGACAGUUGAUGCCCCAUCCUAUGACUGUUGCUAGUGGCCCCACAGAUUGGAAUGAAGCACUCGAUAUUAUUUCUUUUGGUUCUCCUGAGCAGUCUGUUGAUGGAAUGAAAGUUGUUUGUCAUGAGUUAGCUCAGGCCACUAGUGAUCCUGAAGGAAGUGCUAUGGAUGAACUUGUGAAAGAUGCAGAUAGGCUAGUUUCAUGCCUUGCAAAUAAGGUUGCAAGAACUUUUGACUUCAGUUUGACUGGUGGUGCCUCAUCACGAUCUUGUAAAUAUGUGCUGAACACUCUCAUGCAGACUUUUCAGAAUAAAAGAUUAGCGCAUGCAGUAAAGGAGAGCACACUUGACAGUCUCAUUACUGAGCUUCUUCUGUGGCUCUUGGAUGAUAGGGUUCCUCAUAUGGAUGAUGGAAGCCAAUUGUUGAAAGCUUUAAAUGUGUUGAUGCUUAAGAUUUUGGAUAAUGCUGAUCGGACUUCAUCCUUUGUUGUCUUAAUCAAUCUUUUACGGCCACUAGAUUCAUCCAGGUGGCCUUCACCAGCAUUAAAUGAGUCACUUGCUUCCAGAAAUCAGAAGUUCUCUGAUCUAGUCGUGAAAUGCCUUAUCAAGCUUACAAAGGUUCUUCAGAGCACUAUCUAUGAUGUUGACCUUGAUCGCAUACUUCAAAGCAUCCAUUUGUACCUGCAAGACUUGGGAAUGGAGGAAAUUAGGAGAAGGGCUGGUGCUGAUGACAAACCUUUACGAAUGGUAAAAACUGUACUGCAUGAACUUGUCAAGCUUCGUGGUGCAGCAAUAAAGGGUCAUCUUUCAAUGGUUCCUAUCGAUGCUAAACCUCAACCCAUCAUCCUUGCCUACAUUGAACUUAAUCUUGAGACUUUGGCUGCUGCAAGAAUGUUGACUGCAUCUGGUCCUGGGGGACAAAACCAUUGGGGUGAUUCAGCAACCAAUAAUUCAGCCUCGGGCACCCAUUCAGCUGAUGCCCAGUUAAAGCAAGAGCUGGCUGCUAUAUUUAAGAAGAUUGGGGAGAAGCAAACUUGCACAAUUGGUCUAUAUGAACUAUAUCGUAUUACCCAAUUGUACCCAAAGGUUGACAUAUUUGCUCAGCUUCAAAAUGCUAGUGAGGCAUUUCGCACCUACAUUAGAGAUGGUCUUGCUCAGAUGGAGAAGAAUGCUGCAGCUGGAAGAACUCCUUCAAGUUUACCUAUGCCUACCCCUCCACCGGCAUCUUUAAAUAUAUCUUCUCCGGAUUUUGCACCUCUCUCACCUGUAAACACAAAUCCACUGGGUGAUGCUAAAUUAAAUGUGAAACCUGAUCCGACAAAUUUUAAUUUACCCCCAUCAUCAUACAAUGAGGAGAAUAGGGCCGUGAAUGCCAUUACUUCUAGAGCAUUAAAUUCUGACUAUACAUUAGGUGACCAAAGAAAUGAUAGAUUUAUGACAGGAGUAACCAGUGGAACAUUGGAUGCAAUCAGAGAGAGGAUGAAGAGCAUGCAAUUAGCAGCUGCUGCUGGGAGUACAGAAUCUGGUGGUAGGCACUUAACAAGUGCAAAUGACAACUUGAAUCAUGGACUUCCUCCUCCUAGCCAGAUUCCUCAUGCAUCAGAGCAUGUUGGUACUGAGAAUACAAUGCACGGUGGGGUACUUCCUAUGGAUGAGAAAGCAUUGUCUGGGCUUCAAGCACGGAUGGAAAGAUUGAAAAGUGGAUCUCUUGAACCUCUGUAAAGGUAAAGAGAAAAAAAUUCCUUACUAUAGUCAGAGACAUUAUUCCCAUUGAUGCAGUGGCAUACAAGCAUGUCGUGGUCAUAAUUUUCAAUACGGGUGGGUAUAGAUGAGAAAUAUGUAUAAUAAUCAAUCGAAGCUAUUAUCGCCUGCAAACUAUGGAACUGUGACGUUGCAGAGCGUCGGAGGAUUAGUUGCUGUCCGGUUAUCACACUUGCAAUUAUUUCACCUCAUGAUUUGCCCUCUUGGCCGUUGUAUAUUGUAGUGGAGCUGUGUCUUUGUAACAUGAAUUAUGUAGGUGCGUCAAUUAAAUGCAAUUUUACAAAAUCAUUUGUUAGUGAUGCUGAGCAGCUGUGCUUGGUGUUGUCACAUUAGCUUGUUUCAGGAAAUUUUGACAGUGGUAUUUCAAUUUUUAUCAUGCAAAUCUUUAUAGGACACCAUGUUCAAUGUCCUGGAAUUUGGUCUUCCAUGAUUUGGCUUGGCAUAUUUUCACUUCAGAAAUCAAUAUAUUCCCUCAAUACUGUA